CGGUCCCCGGGAGGGCACCUAGUUCUGCAGCGUCAGGGCGGAGGAAGGGGAGGAAGCCGGGACGUAGACCGCGUGGAAGCUGAGCCCCCGCCUCUCCCCCUCGGCAGCCCCGGGGCCACUCUCCCGAGGAGGACGCCAUACUCUGACCCGCCCGGAACCGCUUCAGGAGCGGCCCUUCCUCUGGACUCGCGGCCCCGCUGCGGCAGGCGCGUCCCCGUGGGCCCUGCGCGAGUCCCCGCCGCGCCCGCGCUCGCCGGGGUCAUGGGCGCCGCCGGCUCGUCCCCGCUGGUCCGCCUCCGCCUCCGCCUCCCCGCGCUACUUCGGCCCGGGCUCGGGCUCGCCGCGCUGGGACUGGCCGCGGCGGCGCUGGGGGCCGUCGCCUGGAGCCGCGCGCGGCCCAGGCGGCGGCGGCGGCGCCGGCGGCUGCAGCAGGUGGGCACCGUGUCGCAGCUCUGGAUCUACCCGGUCAAGUCGUGCAAGGGGGUGCCGGUGAGCGAGGCCGAGUGCACCGCCCUGGGGCUGCGCCGCGGGCACCUGCGGGACAGAUUCUGGCUUGUGAUCAACAAGGAGGGGAACAUGGUUACGGCUCGACAGGAACCCCGCCUGGUCCUAAUUUCCCCGACCUGUGAGGGCGACACCCUGACGCUCAGCGCCGCCUACACAGAAGACCUGCAGCUGCCCAUCAAGGCACCCACCACAAAUGCAGUGCACAACUGCAGAGUGCAGGGCCUGCAGAUCCAGGGCAGGGACUGUGGCGAGGCCGCGGCCCAGUGGAUAACGAGCUUCCUGAAGACGCAGCCCUACCGCCUGGUGCAUUUUGAGCCCCACAUGUCACCCAGAAAUUCUCACCAGAUAGAGCACUUGUUCCGGCCCACAGACCAGGUUGCCUACUCCGAUGCCAGCCCGUUCUUGAUCCUUUCGGAGGCGUCGCUGGCGGAUCUGAACUCCCGGCUAGAGAAAAAGGUGAAAGCAGCCAACUUCAGGCCCAAUAUCGUCAUUUCAGGAUGCGAUGCCUACGCGGAGGACUCGUGGGAUGAGAUUCUUAUAGGUGACGUGGAACUGAAGAGGGUGAUGGCUUGUUACAGGUGCGUUUUAACCACAGUGGACCCGGACACCGGCAUCAUGAGCAGGAAGGAGCCGCUGGAGACCCUGAGGAGUUACCGCCUGUGUGACCCUUCUGAGGAAAAGCUAUACGGAAAAUCGCCUUUCUUCGGACAGUAUUUUGUCCUGGAGAACCCAGGGACCAUCCAAGUGGGAGACCCUGUGUACCUGCUCGGCCAGGAAUAGGAACCAUAUGACCUGGAAGAGCCGAAGCCUUUAAAAGACAUGACAUCACAAAUGCCAACCCUGGAAGCGCAGUGUUUUGAAACUGACACUUCGGCACUUUCUUAGAUCUGUGAGCGUCAAGCCUGUGUCUUUUGGACUUUGUGUCUGGGUGCUUCCAGCCUCUCAGUGCCCAAGGCAAAGAAAGAUAGUUUUAACAGCAAUUCAGUAAGUCACUGAGUGUUAAGACAGGAUUCUAAACGUUGCUCGAUGAACUGUGAUUAUGGAAUAAUUCUCUCUCUUUCUCCAGUCACCUACCUAGAGGGCUACUACCUCUGUCAUCUCAUUGCUACUCCUUAGGGACAGAGGAGAGAAGAGAAAGGGGGAAAGUGGGGUCAAGAAGAUGUUCUGCUGUCUUGUUACCCCAAGCCUGGGGUAGGCAGUGGAAAGUUAGUAGCUCUCCAAAUAAGGCCAGACUGUCAUUUCACGUUCUCCUCAAGCCUUAGACUAGCUUUUUUUUUUUUUUUUUUUUGUCUUUUUAGGGCCGCACAUGCAGCAUAUGGAGGUUCCCAGGCUAGGAGUCUAAUCCGAGCUGUAGCCGCCGGCCUACACCACAGCCACAGCAAUGCCAGAUCCUUAACCCACUGAGCGAGGCCAGGGAUCGAACCCACAACUUCGUGGUUCCUAGUCGGAUUCGUUUCCACUGCGCCACGAUGGGAACUCAUAGACUAGCUUUGAAAAGGACGUCAUGAGCCUGACCUUUAAGGAAACGCUCAGGGUGUUCAUUGAUGAUCUUGGAUCCAGCUCUGUUGCCUCUCAGACAGUGUCCGCGAGGAUUUGAUGGAUCCUUCGUGGCACGCAGGUCCUCUGGGCUGUAGGACAGCAGCGAUAAGGGGGGAGAAGAUCAGCUCAUGAGGGCAGCCCUGCUGUCAGGCUCUGACGGCAAUAUGUGGAAAGCCCGGCAACCAAACUUCCUGGCCAUGAAACAAAGUAUCAAGUACACCCUCUUCCUGAUGCCCAGCUCUUCCCAGCAGGUGAGAAUGCACAGUGGCACUAGAUGGGAGAGGCCCCCUCAUCUGAUGUCAUCUGAGAUGCUGUUUGAUGUUGCCCGGAGGUAUGAUGGUGCUGGUCUUAAUAUGAGAGCAAAAAGAGUCUUGGAAGGACAUGAAGCCCCCUAGUGGCGAGGAAUGACCGCUCAGCCCACACUGUUGAAAAGAUGAGAACUUGUGGUUGGGUUUUUCUUUUCUAGCCUGGAAAAAAGUUGUUGAAAGAAAGCGGGGUACCCGCCAGGUACUCUCUGCCUCUCUGCUGUGGGCAGGUGAUACCCUAGAGGCCCAGCUGUGCUGUCAUGGGGUCCCCCUGGAUCUUGCUGGUCCCAUCAACUCAUGACUGGUUGCUCCUCCUCAAAAUCAGGGUGAAAAAGUUCUGAGGUCCGUGGAUGAGAAGAGACGUGAUGGCGUGAUCUGAAAUAAAACCCCUUUAUUUUAGGUUUUGAAAAACUUUUCAAAGGUGAAAAGCAAACAUAUGCCAGGCCACUUAAAAACCAGUAUCUACUUUUUUUUCUCCUGAUCAAAUUGUAGACCUUGAAGAUCUGAUGAAGCUUCUCUGCCGUUGCCACUUUCCCCUUUGAUUGUACUGGGAAGCUAAGUCGUGGCAAAUAUGUUUCAAAUCUGCGAAUAAAUAGCAGCUGCUCUGA